AAACUACCAUUGGAGAAUAAAGCAACCAAUUUUGGUCCCAUUGUACCAAAACGGCAACGCUGAUUAUUUCGCUUUUUUGUUAACACUGUUCUCUCUUUUUAGCCACUCCAAAACCGAGAUAAACACAGGCGGAGCGAGUGAAUAAGAGCGAUGAAACGAACAAACCAAAAUGGUUGUUUGUUGGACGGUUCGAGUCGAUUACCAACUAGGACAGAAAUUCAUCUACCGAUACGACUUUUUCAAUAAACAAAAGUAGCUUCAAAAACAAGUGUUUAGGGCUGUUCUUUAUUGUUGGAAACUUUAAGAAAUAGCUAUUCAUAUUCAUUGCUCGUUAUAGCAACUAUAAAAUUAAUCCUCGAGCAAAUCAAGGAAGUGUAAAAGUCGACCAAGAAAAAAGGUAAAAGUUUCGCUUACUUAAUCUUUUGCCCAUCGCUAUAGCACAGAAAAAAUUGUUUAGAGUAAGUUACAUUUAGACCGAAAUUUCGUUGUGUAGAAAUAAAUACGAGUACGUUUGUAAUUUAAUGCUAGACGCUGUAAGAAUCCAAUGAAAUAGCAGGCGCGUAUAGCAAAUAUAUAUUUAUAUUUGCGUGUGCAACAUCGGACCGCGAGCGUGUUCGGUCGACGUGCUCGAAGGAAGGGUGAAGAACGGCAGGAGCGGACGCAAAGAACUGGGGUAGAUUUCCUUAGAUUAUUUCUUAAACAAGGAGGAAUAUUUCCUAAGUUAUAUCAAUAACGAUCAACCCACCCACGGAACGAUGUCAGCAGGUCUAGCUGCAUUGAAUUGCGAUCUACGCUCUUACUCCCGACUUUGGCUCGGCGAGUUUAUUGAACUUUAUCAACAGGAAGAAUGUUUAUGGCAUCCGAAACAUCCUGACUAUAGCAAUCAUAGUAUUCGCAAUAAGGCCUAUGAUCGAUUGGUAGAAAAACUAAAAGAAGUUGAACCAAAUCCUGAUCGAGCAAUGGUGGUCCGAAAAAUCAACUCGUUACGUUCGGCAUUCAGGCGCGAGUUUCGCAAAUCAAGUUCCAAGAAUAACUACGAAACACGUCUAUGGUACUAUGACAAGCUGCUUUUCAUCGCUGAACAGAAUCCAAAACGACUUGCUGCUUUGCGAGACGCUAAGACACCAAAACGUUCCUUGGCAAUAAGUUUUGAUGUUGAUGACUCGAUGGAGUUUGAGGAAGAACCAGUUGUGGAAACGAUUACUGCAUCGCCGGUGGAAAGUCUCAACCAUUCACAACCAGCUGAGAUGAAAACUGUGACCGUUACAUCGGGUGAAUGUGUUAUUGUGAAGGAUGAAGAUCAGCUUCAGCACCAGCACCAACACCAACACCAUCAUCAACAUCAGCAUGCACACCAACAUCCACACGAAUUGCAGCAACAUCAUAGCGCCGAACAGCACUUGCAACAUGCCACAGCCACACCGCAACCUCAGCAUGCAACAGAAGUAAAGGUCUUAGAAAUAACAUCUUUGGAUACCAAUUCGCAGCGCGAAAUUCAGCAGGCUGUCAGUUCGCUAGAACAGCAUCAGCAACAAAUGCAACAUCAGCUUCAACAACAGCAACACCAACAACAGCCCAGUCAGACUAGUUCAGCUCAAAUAACACAAAUUCACCAGCAAGUUCCAACCAUACAAAUAGCGCGGGAACACUUACAGCCGUUGUUUGGAAAUUCAUACACAACAACUGCAACGCAUAGACAGGAGGACGAAUACGAUGCUAUUGGUAUGAAUGUGGCAUCAAAAUUACGGGUUAUGAACCCCACACAGAGAAUCAUCGCCGAAAAAUUGAUUAGUGAUGUGUUAUUCAAUGGCCAAUUAGACAAUCUUAACGUUAACUCUACAUUGGCUCAGUGAGAAGAGAUUAAAUAUGAAUAGGAUCUGCAAGAGAGGUAAAAUAAGUAUAAUUAUGAAUUUAGGCACAUGCCUGUUUGUAUGUACAUAAAUAUAUAU